UGAAUCCUUUGAAGGUGCAAUACGAGCAUGGGUGCAGGAGAAAGUGGACGAAAUCUAGAGGAAACUCCAACGUGGGCAGUUGCGACGAUAUGCGCUGUUCUCGUAGUCAUCUCCAUUAUCAUUGAACAUGGCAUAUACCUCUCAUCCAAGUGGUUAGAAAAACAUCACAAAAAGGCUCUCCGUGAAGCCUUCGAAAAGGUCAAAUCUGAACUGAUGCUGCUUGGCUUCAUGUCACUGCUUCUGACAGUUGGGCAGGGCAUCAUCACCGAGAUAUGCGUGCCAAAGAGUGUUGCCGAUUCAUGGCACCCUUGCAAGGAGGAGGUCCAUGAUGAUGGUGGCUCCAAGAGCCAUGAAUCCGACAAAAGUAAUGCCGGCCGGAGGCUUGUGCAUGAUUCAGAAUCCAUGGCCAGUUUCCGACGAGCUUUGAGCAGCGGAGCGGAGCCGAACAAAUAUUGUGCCAAGAACAAGGUUCCAUUCAUUUCUGCCGAUGGCCUCCACCAGCUCCACAUAUUUGUCUUCGUUCUAGCAGUGUUCCAUGUGCUCUACUGCAUAACCACUAUGGCCUUGGGCAGUUUAAAGAUGAGACGCUGGAAAUCAUGGGAGCUUGAGACGAGGACAGCAGAAUACCAGUUUUCGCAGCACAUUUAGCUCCACAAAGCUCAAGCAAUUUUGACUUUCGAAAUUACAUAAAGAGAUCGCUGGAGGAAGAUAUGAAAGUCGUGGUAGGGAUCAGCCCCCCAAUGUGGUCCUUUGCAGUACUCUUCCUGCUAUUUUACAGUCAUGGCUGGCACUCCUACCAAUGGCAUCCAUUUAUCCCCUUAAUUAUUAUACUACUUGUAGGAACAAGGCUUCAGGUGAUAAUAAUAAAGAUGGCCUCACAAAUCAUGGAGCGAGGAGAUGUUGUUAAGGGAGCGCCAGUCGUUCAUCCCACAGAUGAUCUCUUCUGGUUCAAAUGUCCUCGGUUUAUGCUGUACCUCAUCCACUUUGUCCUCUUCCAGAAUGCCUUUCAGCUUGCCCUUUUUGCAUGGAGCUGGUAUGAAUUCGGGUUUCUUUCAUGCUUCCACCAGCGUGUAGACGACAUCAUCAUCAGAUUUUCCAUGGGUGUCCUCAUACAGGUUCUAUGUAGCUAUGUUACACUUCCCCUCUAUGCAUUGGUGACACAGAUGGGUUCCAACAUGAGGCCUACGAUAUUCAGUAAGGGAGUUGCAACUGCCCUAAGAAAAUGGCAUCACACAGCCAGGAACCACUUGAAAGAGAAUAGUCAAUGUAGGCGCAUAACUCCAUUGUCCACAAGUACGCCUACCACCCCAACUAGUGGGUCAUCUCGGGCAAACCUGUUGCAGCGCCUUCAAAAGCUAGAUGGUUUCCAAGGCUCCUCAAAUCGCUGCAGUUUUCAUAAAGAACAUCUUGACAUUGAAAGGUCACUGUUGCCAUCCUACCACACAAUCAAUAGUUCAUCUUCUCAACAACAAAAGAUCAGGCCACAACAAGAAGUACCCUCGCCAUCCAACCACACAAUAAAUGGCUUAUCUUUUCCACAACAAACGAUCAGACCACAACAAGAAGUCGUAGGAGUGGAAAGAGAAAUGCAAGAAUCGGGUGGUUCUGUACAGUCGCCACCCCUAGAGGGCAGCAAUCAUCAACAUAGAAUUGAAAUUUCUCCUGAUAUCAUCUUUGAUAGAAGAGAGGGAUGAUCACUUAUGAAGAGAAGAAAAGGAAAUGACGGGAUCUGAUAACUGGUGUUGUUACAAGGAAUUUCUCUAGCUCGGGGCUUGUUACAAGGUGGAAGUCCCUUGAGAAAUUAUGCAAUCCACUUAUUCACCAACCAAAGAAGCAUCCUCGAUAACCUGAUGCUGUAAUUUUUCUAAAUGUGGUCAAGAUUCAGAUAUGUCUAGUGAAUGGUAUUUUGGUUUGCUAGAAAUCAUCCUUUUCUCUUUUAUGGGAACGGAAGCUGCAAAGCAGCCACCUGAAAUUUA